UACUUUGAUUUGUGUUCAAAUACUCCUGUUCUUUUAAUACUAGGUGUUUAAUCUGCUAUUGUUUUUUUUUCUUUGGAAAUAAAUUAAGUAUUUUAAUAUUACAUUCAUAAUUUGUUUUAUCUGCUUCUGUUCUUUUAUUUGAAAAGGUGUAUUAGCUGUAUUUGUAAGUCAUUCUUUUUCUUGUCAAUUAACUUGUUUUUUUCUUGAGAAUACUUUGCAGGUUGUAUCGCUUCAGCCUUUCGUGAAGAUGCCUCGGAAAGGUAGGAGAUCCCGGGCUCAAAAAGUUCGUUGGACAAAGUUAGACCUGACAGAAAAGACAAGCAUCAGUAGAGGUGUUGCUCAGGUUUCUGAUGGACAGCAGUAUGAAGAUGGAGACAACACAUCUAGAGUUAUAUCCGUGCAGGCGUCUCACUGCCAGAGUGAUGCAAGGUAUGAUGUUUUCUCACGAAACACUCAGUGCACAUGUGUAGCGCUGACAUUCCUUGCGUACCACAGUGAGGGAACUUCGUUCGAACAGCCUGAUCUUGACAGGGUGCUAGAGCAAGGGGAUGCUUUGUAUGUUGGCAUUAAAAUGCAGCUUAUGGCUGAAGGAAGAUUCCGACAGGAUCUUCUAAGCAUGGCUGAAGUACCUGUGAGCAUCUCGACUUUUAACCACAACUACACCGUCCAAAAGUCAGAAGUGGUGAUGGGGUAUCUAAGAGACAGAGGAACUCAGGAAAUGGACGCGUGGUGGAUUCCUCUUGAUGAAAGACUUCAGUGUCUCUCAACAGAUGUCAGCCAUGCACUGCUUAUUGUUUCUCCAGAGUGCUUUGCUGUCUUCAGAGACAGAUCUGGAAGAUAUGGAUAUUUUGAUUCCCAUUCCAGAACUGCCGAAGGUUUUCCACAUCCUACCGGUGAUGGAACGGCAGUUAUGCUUACUUUCACCAACCUGCAUGACAUGAUCAACAGAUUACUUGAACUUUUUUGGAAUCGUGGUCCUCAAGCUUGCUAUGAAUUCAUGGCCGUUUCAUUUGAAAUGGAGCAACAGUCUGAGGAACCAUGCUCAUCAGCGGCAUGUGUCUCACCAUCUCAAGUAACCUCACCUCUGCCAAAAAUACAAACUGCUGACAUCAGAAUCCCUGAAAAUGUAGUUCAGAUAGAUGACAAAAACCAAAGUGUCAUAAAGGUUUUAAAAACAAACAAGCAGCGAAGAAGAAAGCAAAUACGUAAAAUGGCAAAACAGUGUGCAGGAACAGAGGACAAAACUUCACAUUUUGAAAUUCGAGAACGUAAAAGAAGAGUCUAUGAGAAAGAGAAGUAUGCCACCAGUUUGCAGUUUCGAAUUAAGAAAAGGAAGUUUAAUCAAGAUCCUUUUGUCAGAAACAAAAAGAGGGAGUACCUUGUCAGAAGGUACCACACUGAUGCUGUUUUCCAGAAGAAAAUGAAGGAAUACAUGGCCAGGAGGUACCACACUGAUGCUCCUCUCCACAAGAAAAAGAAGGAAUACAUCAUCAGGAGGUACCAUACUGAUGAUGUUUUCCAGAGGAAGAUGAAGAACUACAUGGUCAGAAGGUACAAGAUGGAUGAUCUUUUCCAAAAGAAAAUGAAGGACUACAUGGCCAGAAGAUACGCAGGUGAUUCAAAGUUUAGGUCACAUCACAUUCUACGUUGUACUUUCCAGAAGAAACAGAAGUGUCUUACUGAUCCUGGAUUCCACAUUCUUCACAAAUUGAGAUGUGCAUUAAGGAUCAAGAGAAAAUACAAGCCAUACAUUCGUUUCAGCCAGAAUACACCCAUUUCUGAUGCGACAAACCAGCCUGUAUCCAACAGCUUGAUUCAGAAGGCCAUAUCUGCAUUUCGGUGUCAAAGUCUGCACGGUCCAACUUACAUCUGCACAGUCUGUCACAGGACCCUUUUUCCAAAUCAGGUCAAGAUGUGUAAUAGAACACGAUACAUCAAAAAUGUUCAUAUUACAGCCUUUUGCUUAACCGGGAAAUAUGUUCAUGCUUGUGACAGUGCCUGCUCAGUUCCUUGUGCAGUUCCAGAUGAGCGAAGACAGGAGUGGAUCUGCCACACCUGUGACAGCCAUCUGAAGAGAGGAUCCAUGCCUUCUAUUGCAGCGGCAAACAGACUUGAAUUGCCACCCAUCCCUGCAGAACUGCUUGAGCUGAAUGUUCUUGAACGACAGCUUAUCGCCAAAAUUGUUCCUUUUGCAAAAAUAGUUGCAUUGCCAAAAGGACAGCAACGAUCGGUUUAUGGUGCUGUUGUGUGUGUGCCCUCUGAGGUGGAGAAAACAGUUAACUGUCUCCCAAGGCCUAACAGUGAGUCCCAGCUCCUACAGGUGAAGCUGAAAAGACACAUCAAGUUCAGAGGAUACCAACACUUCCAUACAGUGAAUAUGCACAAUGUGCUAGCAGCAUUAACAAAACUGAAAGCGAUGCAUUCAGAAUAUAGGGACAUCUUUAUAAGUGAUGCUGCCACAUUUGAAUUUCUCCCUAAUGAUGAGCUGCAUGACACAGAGGAGAAACAGGAAGUUGUUGUCUCUGAACAGGAUGAGCAGCAUGUCAGCACAGAAGAAAAGGAUGAGCUCAGGCCUGGCCUCACUCUGGACACAUGCAUGCAACCACUCGACAUUGGACAGGACUUGCUGUCGUACGGUGAGGGAAUCUUCAGCAUUGCGCCUGCUCAAGGGAAAAAGCCAGUCGGAUUUUUCAAGGUUCCCAAAUUGGAAGCCAUGGCCUUCCCCGUACAGUUUCCCACUGGACAGAACACAAUUGAUGAGGCACGACAAGUUGCAUUAUCACCAAGCAUGUAUUUCAAUGCUAGACUGUUCUGCGUUGAUACUCGUUUUGCCAAAGACCAGAGUUAUCUCUUCUUUGCGCAGUUUGUCACUGAAACGCACAUGGCUAGAAACAGCAUGUCUAUCCAGUUGCGAAAGGGCAAACCCGUUACAAAAGAUGGACGUAGAAUCUCCAACAAGCUUCUUCAGGAUGAUCUUGAGGUCGAAAGACUGGUCCACAGCCGUGACGCAACAAGGUUUAUGCAACCCCUGAGAGGCACUCCAUCUUAUUGGGAGAAAACGUUGAGAGAUCUACAGGCCAUGAUCAGGCAGUUAGGGAAUCCUACUUUUUUUUGCACAUUCAGUGCAGCCGAAAUGCGAUGGCCAGAAGUGAUAACGGCAAUCAAGGCUCAGCAAGGUGAAGAGGUCGUCUUUUCAGAGCUUGACUGGACGACGAAAUGUGAAAUCCUCCGAAGUAACCCCGUCACCGUCAUGCGGAUGUUUGAAAAACGAGUGGAUGCAUUAAUGAAUCAUCUGCUUUUGUCACCUGCUCAACCCAUCGGCGAAGUCGAGGAUUACUUUUAUCGCGUGGAGUUUCAAGCCAGAGGAAGCCCACACAUUCAUCUGCUGGCCUGGGUAAAAGGGGCACCUGAAUUUGAAAAUCAGUCCGACCAAGUAGUGUGUGACUUUAUUGACCGUUACAUAACCUGCCAGUUGCCGGACCCUACCACCGAUCCCGAGCUUCAUCAAAUUGUCACCGAAGUUCAGCUUCACAGCAAGAAGCACUCCAAAUCUUGCAAGAAAGGAAAUGUGUUGUGUAGAUAUGGGUUCCCUAAACUUCCCAUGUCAAGCACCACCAUCACCCGUCCACGACCACAACGUCCUGAGGAAGAUGAAAACGAAGAACAACACCACCAAGAGAGAAAGAAGAGAAGACAAGACGCUCCACAACGUCCUGAGGAAGAUGAAAAUGAAGACCAACACCAACAAGAGAGAAAGAAGAGGAGACAGGACGCUGCUCGAAAAGCAAUGAAAGAAGCCAGGACUAAACUCAAGCCAGUGUGGGACUUGCUGAACGAUCCCCAGGCCUCCUUUGACAACUUGUCAGACUUGCUGACCAAAUGUAAUCUGUCCAUGGAUGAUUACUGUAAAUACGCUGAGGCACUGUCCACUUCAAACGUGAUUUUGCUGAAGCGUGAUCCAAAGGAGGCUUGGGUGAAUGGAUACAACCCAGAUUUGCUGAGGGCAUGGAACGCCAACAUGGACAUACAGUUCGUUCUUGACUCUUUCAGCUGCAUCAUGUACAUGUUGUCCUACAUUUCCAAGCCAGAACACGAAAUGAAUGAUUACCUGAAGACCGUGAUCAAGGGUGUUCGGGAAACCAACGUAAACGAAGAGGACGAAAUGAAGCAGAUAAUGCAGGCCUACUCCAAACACCGGCAAGUGAGUGCUCAGGAGUCUGUGGCACGGACAUGCAGCUUACCAUUGAAGAAGUGUUCACGAAAUGUUGUGUUUAUACCGACGGAUGAUGAUGCCCUGAGGAUGAGUUUGCCCCGUAGUGUCCUACACAGCAAAGAUCCUGAUUCAGAGGAUGUCUGGAUGUCAGGUAUUAUAGAGAAAUACAGAGCAAGGCCUCGAACACUGGAGUUUGAAAAGAUGUGCCUUGCAGACUUUGUGUCUAAUUACCGUGUUGUGUAUGGUCGGCAAACUAAAGGAAAGAAUGUCCUCCCACUCCUCAACGAUAUGGGAUUCAUUCAGAAGAGAACUGUUGGUAAGGCUGCAAUUGUCAGGUAUGCUCGCUUUUCGGAGGAGAAGCAACCGGAGAAGUUUUGCGGAACAAUGGUAAAACUUUACGUGCCACAUCGUGUCAACGAACAGCUGAAACCUCAAGGGUUUCCAACGUAUCAGGAGUUUUACAAAAGGGGACUUGUAGAACUCCCGUCACACCCCAAUUUCCGAUUCCCUGUCCGUGGCUUAGUUAAAGCACAACAGAAGAAGUUUGAAAAGCACGGCAAAAAAGUGGACGAAGCAUAUGAACAGCUGCAGCGGGAAGGACCAUCUGAGAAUGCUUGGUGUGCUUUUGCCCCUGAAAUCGACGUUGAUCGGAUGGAGUGUAUUGCAGAACAACAAGACGUCCAUCCAGAAGAAAAUGAACAGGAUGAUGUUCCAGAAUACCAGAUUCGUCGUGAAGAUGGAGACGGAGUCGUACCACAGAUUGAGGCACCACAGAUGACUAAUGAAUAUCUGAGGAAGAUGUUUAGGAGUCUAAAUGAGACGCAGGCAGCAAUUUUUUACACUGUCCGCCAGUGGUGUCAAAAGCGUGUGUGGGGUCACAAUCCAGAGCAGUUUUUUUACUUUUUGUCAGGCGGUGCAGGUUGUGGGAAAUCGCACGUCAUCAAGUGCAUACACUCGGAAGCAACUAAGAUUCUGCGACAACUCCCUCGACUCCGGGAAGAAGGGGAUCUCUCCGUGCCCACGGUGUUGUUGUCUGCGUUUACUGGAACUGCAGCAUUCAACAUCUCUGGAAAAACGCUGCAUUCCCUUUUAAAACUGCCAAGGAGUCUGAAGCCACCUUAUCAAGGACUUGGGAACGCCCUUGAUGAAGUGAGAGCAGGAUUACGCGACGUGGAGAUUCUUAUCAUCGACGAAAUAUCCAUGGUUUCAAAGGAUCUGUUCACAUACGUAAACUGGAGAUUUCAGCAGAUCAAAGGCAACAAGAAACCUUUUGGAGGAAUAUCUUGCCUCGUCGUAGGGGAUUAUUAUCAACUGCCACCGCUUGGUAAAGCCAAACCGCUCUGUGUGUAUGAAGAGGAUAUGCUGGACUUCUGGAAGGACCAUUUUCAAAUCAUCACACUCACAGAGAUCAUGCGGCAGAAAGAAGACCUCGCUUUCGCUGAACUGUUGAACAGACUACGAGUGAGGCAGAAGACAGAAGCUCUCAGGGAAGAUGAUCGAGCUUUGUUAUUCCAGGCUGUGAAGAAGCCAGAAGACUGUCCACGUGAUGCUCUACACAUAUUCGCCACUAACAAAGAGGUUGACAAGUACAAUACCGAGAUUGUACAGGCCCUCUUCGCUGACAUCAUAACAAUUGAUGCCGAAGACUACAGGAAAGACCCAAGAACAGGAAGGAUGAAGCGAUUAAACAAACCUGUCACUGGAAAAAAGGACGACUUGCUGGACACAAUGCAAGUUGCAGUGGGAGUUCGUGUGAUGGUAACCAGGAACCUGGACGUAGAAGAUGGAAUUGUCAAUGGAUGUUUUGGCACGAUUGCAAACAUCGUCACCAAAACAAAAGAUGGAAUCGACACCGUACAAAUGUUAGGACUUCAACUUGACAAUCCGAACGCCGGUCAGAAACACCGUAAAAAGGUACGAGGUGAAGAAGACGUCUUGGUUUACAUUGAGAGAUCUGAAGAAAGUCUGAGGAAAGGAGCCGUUCGUCGACAGUAUCCCAUUAAGCUAGCUUACGCCUGCACAGCCCACAAAGUUCAAGGCAUGACAAUGCACUCUGCAGUAGUGUCAUUGAAGAAGAUUUUUGAGCCGGGAAUGGCCUACGUUGCCCUCAGCAGAACGACAUCUCUACAAGGAUUACACAUCACGGAUUUCGACGACAAGAAGAUAUAUGCUGAUCCUGAAAUCACAACCUCUUUGCAAAGCAUGAGAAGAGCAAGAGUUGAAGAAAUCAUGCCACUUCUGCAGCAUGUGUGGGACAAUAGGCAGGAACAGACACUCACCAUCAUCCAUCACAACACGGAAGGACUGGCAUCUCACAUGGAGGAUAUCAGAUGCCAUCAUGAGCUAAAACUCGCCGAUGUUCUGUGUUUAACAGAAACACACCUGACUGGAUCAUCUACUUCAGAUCUCCAAUUGGAAGGAUACAACUUGUUCACACGCAACAGGCAUGUCUCCUACUCCACACAUCAAGAACUUGGAAGGAAAAAUGGAGGUGGAGUAGCAAUAUAUUGCAAGGAGCACAUUCCAACUCAGCCCAGGCAAUAUAUACAAAAUGUGACUGAUCUGGAGUUUGCUGUGAUCAAAUUGGAUUCCCCAAUAAAAGCAGCAGUCGUAGCUGUGUAUAGGCCACCACAGUACAGUGUUGGAGAUUUCUUGACCAACCUGAAGAGUAUGCUGGAUUACCUGGACCUCACACACAACGAUCUCGUCAUCAUCUGUGGAGAUUUCAACGAGGACCUCCUACACCCUGGAAAAAAACCUAUUCUGGAGUUGUUUCAAUCUCGAGGAUACACGCAACUGAUUACAUCAGCGACGACGGAAAAGCACACACUACUUGACCACAUCUACAUUUCAAAUCCGGACUUCUGUCAUCAAUCGGGCGUGUUAGAGACCUACCACAGUUACCACAAUCCUGUGUACUGU